AUGUUAUCUGCUAAUACUUCGCAUUCACGUAAUAUUAAUAAUAAUCCAGACGAUCCAGACGAUCCCGAUCCAGACGAUCCAGACGAUCCCGAUCCAGACGAUCCAGACGAUCCAGACGAUCCAGACGAUCCAGACGAUCCAGACGAUCCCAACGAUCCCAACGAUCCCGAUCCAGACGAUCCAGACGAUCCUGAUCCAGACGAUCCAGACGAUCCAGACGAUCCCGUUCCAGACGAUCCCGAUCCAGACGAUCCAGACGAUCCCAAAGAUCCCGACCCCACAUUUCCAGACCCCACCGAUCCCACCGAUCCCACCGAUCCCACCGAUCCCACCGAUCCCAUCGAUCCCACCGAUCCCAGGGAUCGUAUACCUGUUAAUACUUGUACAAAUUGA